AGGAGAGGGUGACCCUCUGGCAGGAGCAAAGGUGCCAUGGUGGCGGGGUCCCAAGGCUGCCGCCCGCUCGUCCUGGGCCUGCUGCUGUAUGCGCUCGGUCCCGCUGUGUCCCAGGCUGGGAAGGUGCUGUUCGUCCCCGUGGAUGGCAGCCACUGGCUGAGCACUCUUGGGGUCAUCCAGCAGCUGCAGCGGAGGGGACAUGAAAUAGUAGUCCUAGCUCCUGAGGCCUCGACGCACAUCAAAGAAGGAGAAUUUUACACCAUGAAGAGGUACCCUGUCCCAUUCCAAAGGGAGGACUUGGAUGCAGCUUUUAUUGAUCUUGGGCAUUACGUUUUUGAGAACGGUUCUUUCCUACAGCGUCUGGUCGAAACGUACAAGAGAGUAAAAGCUAACUCUGCUCUGCUUUUGUCUGGCUGUUCCCACCUACUGCACAACGAGGAGCUCAUGGCCUCCCUGGCAGAAAGCAGCUUCGAUGUCAUGUUGACAGACCCUUUCCUUCCCUGUGGGCCCAUCGUGGCCCAGUACCUGGCUCUGCCUACUGUAUACUUCAUGAAUGCACUGCCGUGCAACCUGGACUUUGAGGCUACCCAGUGCCCCAACCCAUUGUCCUACGUGCCCAAGCCCCUGUCCUAUAACUCAGACCGCAUGACCUUCCUGCAGCGGGUGAAGAACAUGCUCAUUGCCCUGACGGACAACUUUCUGUGCAGUGUGGUUUAUUCUCCAUAUGCGGUACUUGCCUCGGAAUUCCUUCAGAGAGACGUGACUGUCCAGGACCUUCUGAGCUCUGCAUCUGUCUGGCUGUUGAGAAAUGACUUUGUGAAUAAUUACCCCAGGCCCAUCAUGCCCAAUAUGGUUUUUAUUGGUGGGAUCAACUGCCUUCAGAAAAAACCACUAUCCCAGGAAUUUGAAGCUUACGUAAAUGCUUCCGGAGAACAUGGAAUUGUGGUUUUCUCUUUGGGAUCAAUGGUCUCAGAUAUUCCAGAGAAGAAAGCUAUGGACAUUGCUGAUGCUUUGGGCAAAAUACCCCAGACAGUCCUGUGGCGGUACACUGGAACUCGACCAUCGAAUCUUGCAAACAAUACAAUACUUGUCAAGUGGUUACCCCAAAAUGAUCUGCUUGGUCACCCGAAGACUCGUGCCUUUAUCACCCAUUCUGGCUCCCACGGUAUUUAUGAAGGAAUAUGCAAUGGUGUGCCCAUGGUGAUGAUGCCCUUGUUUGGCGAUCAGAUGGACAAUGCGAAGCGCAUGGAGACUAGGGGAGCUGGAGUGACCCUAAAUGUUCUUGAAAUGACUUCUGCAGAUUUAGAAAAUGCCCUAAAGACAGUCAUCAAUGACAAAAGCUACAAGGAGAACAUCAUGCGCCUCUCCAGCCUCCACAAGGACCGCCCCGUCGAGCCGCUGGACCUGGCCGUGUUCUGGGUGGAGUUCGUGAUGAGGCACAAGGGGGCGCCACACCUGCGCCCCGCAGCCCACGACCUCACCUGGUACCAGUACCACUCCUUGGACGUGAUAGGCUUCCUCCUGGCGGUGGUGCUGGCCGUGACCUUUGUCACCUUUAAAUGUUGUGCCUAUGGUUUCCGGAAGUGCUUUGGGAGAAAAGGGCACGUUAAGAAAGCCCACAAAUCCAAGGUGCAUUGAGAUGUGGGUGGGAAAAAAGGUGAAAUUUCGAUCCAUUCCCUGGUCAAUUCCAAACUUGAAAACAGAAUCAGUGUUAAAUUCAUUUUAUUAAGGAAAUCCUUUGCAUAAAUUAGUCACUGCCAGAGUGGUUUUGAAAUCUAAUUGCUAGUCAGCAAAGAUGUUUGAAUAGGUAUCCCACCCCCUGGGUGUC